AUUAAUAUAUAUUUAAUGAUUUUAUCAAUAUGUAUUCAAAUUCAAUCUAAUUAGUUUUAUAAUAUUUUGCAUAAUAUACUGUAACUAUAAAAUAAAAAUUAAAUUGUUAAUGAUAUUAUCUAUCAUAGCACGUGUUGUGCUAUGUAUUAAAAUGUUUAAUUUUUAUAAAAUACACAAUAUUGCAUAUAAUAUAAUGUACUUUAGAUAUACGAGUAAUGUAUUAAAAAAAUUACGAUGUUUUUACGACAAUGUAUUAGACUAGAAUGAGGUUAUCUUAGUGUAUGUUUAUUAAUAUAGAUAUAUUUCCUCGACUAUUGUCUUAUUUUGGAUUAACAUUUAAAUUAGAAUUUUCUGCGAUUUGAAACAUGGAGGUUAAUGUUGAUGAUGUUGUUAUGCCAGGGGAUAUUGUAAAAGAUAUUUUUAAAAAUGAUGUAAAAGAAACAGUUGUAUUGGGACCUGGACUUCGACGUGAAGCUGACACAGUUUUUAUUUGUAAAGCUGGUAUUCUGAAAAAACGAUCUCCUGCUGUAUAUUAUGUAAACAAUUAUCAAAAACGUUAUGUACCUACUCGAGGAGAAAAUGUUAUUGGUAUUGUCAUCCAAAAAGUAGGAGAUAUAUUUAAAGUAGAUAUAGGUGCAAAAGAGAGCGCAGCUCUUUCCUAUUUGGCAUUCGAAGGUGCUACAAAGAAAAAUCGUCCGGACAUCCAAGUUGGAGAUAUUGUGUUUGCAAAAUUACUUGUAGCUAUCAAAGAUAUGGAGCCAGAACUUGUAUGCGUUGAUUCUCAAGGAAAACAAAAAAAAUUAGGUGUUUUAAGUUCAGACGGUAUGCUAUUUACUUGCACCUUAAAUCUCGUAAGGAAACUGCUUAAUCCAGACUGUCCAUUAUUUAAUUUUCUUGCAAAAAACCAAACAUACGAAGUUGCCAUUGGUAUGAAUGGAAAGGUAUGGAUUAAAACAAAGUCGGUACAUAUAACUAUCGCAAUUGCUAAUGCAAUUCUAGCAGCGGAGUAUAUAUCUCCAGAAAAGAUGCAAGAUCUAUGCAACUCAAUUGAAAAAACAUUACUUAUGUUAACAUAAUAAAUAAAAUUAAUAUAAUUAAUAAAUACAAUCGAAAUACACAAUAAUUAUGAAUGAUUAUUUAUUGUAUAUUUAUAAUGAUUUUUAUAAAUAAAGUAGCAUGACUUUAUAGUGAUUAUAAUGACAGUCAUCAUCACAAAAUGUAAAAUGGAAACUACAAGUAGUAGAUGUAAUUCCAAUUAAAAUACAUUAUCCGUAUAUUUUAAUAUAUUAAUACAGGAAACAUGAGAUAAACUUGUAAUUCCAAAAUCAUAUUUUAAAGGAAACAGGAUAUAGGCAUUUCUCCUGUGUCUUGUGUGCUCUUAUUCCGAUUGCAAUUGUAUAAUAUGUUGCGCAGCUAGAAUACUUCUAAUUUGUUAUUACCAAAACAGUAUUACAUUUAAUAUGUAUAAAACUUGAAAACCUGCUACGCGUAAAGAAUAUAUGUUUGCAAGGCCCAGCUUUUUCUAAAUGCACAUUGAUAUUAUUUGUCAUUCUUUCUUUAGCUUAUACUUCAGGAUUUGUAUUUCUGUGUUUUUAUUCCAGGAUAAAUUAAUCUAGUUUUUUUUUUGUUUUUAUUAUUAUUAUUAUAUAAUACACAGUAUUACUAAUAAUUGCAAUCAGUAAAAAUCUAAAUGUAAGUGGUGAGUAGAAUGAUCUUGUGUUUCUCUGAUAUGUGCCUAAUGUUUGUUCUCUGACUUACUGCAGUGAAAGUACUACAUCCUAAUUAAUGAUAGAAUUAGACACUCAAGCACAACCUUUACUUUCUCCAUUUUCUUUGUAUAAAUACUUAAACAAUACUCAAAUUAUGAUAGAAAUAUUCGACUUCCAUAUAUUGAUCAAUAAAACUAAUAUAGAAGA